AUGUCACGGUUUGCUGCCUGGGCAAAGAAGCAGAAGGAGGAGAGUGCCGACGGAUUGGUCUUGGCCGGGGCCCUGAAAAUGCGAGCUCUCCGUCACCUUCCCUUGCGUGUUUCGAACUUUGCCGGGGUUCCCAUCGAGAGCACCCCCAAGCGGCAGCUGGAGCCCUUCCUCGUGGACAACAGUGUGCUGGGCUCGCGCAGCGCCGGGCUGCGCUAUCGCAGCGGCCGGGAUCUCGUGGACAAGAACCAGGCACUGAAGUCGGUCCGCUGGGGCAGCGUGGUCUGGGGCGUCCUGGACGAGGAGGGCCAGUGGCUGAAGGUGAAGCCCGGGAGAUACUUACCCGUGUCUGUUGACGGGUCCCAAGUCCUGAAGGUGCUGCCCGCAGCACCGCCGCGAGAGGAUUCCGAUGAUGAGGGCAGACUGAUCGCGGAGAGCCAGCCACGGCUGGGUACACUGAAGGUGCCGAGCAUGUUCCUGCCCGUCACGGAGGAUGCUUCAGUGGAAGCGCUGGGCCCUGGCGCGGGGUAUCAGGUGGUGGCCGAGCGCGUGGCGGUGCGCGAGGGUCCAUCUCUGGGUGCCGCAGCUGUCAGCUCCCUGCGGCGAGGCGCUGAAGUCGAGCUCUUCGGCUGGGAUGAUACGCGGCUCUGGCGGCGCUGUCGUGAGCCGAGGACUGGGCUCCUGGGCUGGCUUCUGCUGGACCACCCAGACAUUGGACCCCUCAUCCGGCCCAAGGGCUCGCCGACCUGCUCCCGACCGCUGGAGCCGCUCUGCACAGCCGCCGGAGAGGGCCGACUGGAGGACCUCAGGCGCUUCCUCGCCGCUGACCCGUAUGGCGUGGCGGUGGCCACGCGCGACAUCCAGAACCGAGGGCCCCUGGAAGUGGCUGCAGCCAGCGGGCACCUAGACUGCCUUGUGUGGCUGGUCGAGGCCGGAGCCGAUGCUGCCGAGGCAUUGGACAAAUGCCGGGACAGGGGCGAGGCGUCGGGGCAUGCGGCAGUGCUCCUCGCAGCCUUGGCAGGGCGGUCGCCGGAUCAGGCGGCGUUAAGGACCGUGCUGGCGGGCCUGGGCCCUGAAGAGCGCCGCGCGGCCGAGGCCAUGGCGGCGGCCAGGCGGCGAGGUGUCAUGGCGAAGGAUGACCUUCUGGAAGCCAUGGAGGAGGCAGCCACCGAUGUACCGGACUCACCUCAGCGGCCAGAGCUGCCUGGUGCCUUGGGUGCCGUGGCAGCAGCUGUGGAGUCGGAGGCCAGAGCGCCAAGGGCCUCGACAAGCGAGUCGAAGGAGACUGAAGCGAAGCCGCCCCCAAGACGGGAGGGCAUCCUUUACGAAGUUGUCUACGAUGCCAUUUGGAUCCGACGUGAGCCCAACCCGAAGGGUGACAAGCUGACGAAGCGUAACCCGGCUGAAAGGAGUGCUCGUUGA